AUGGCAGAAGCUGUUGUCGGGAAGCUCGUGGUCAUGCUUGGCGCGGCGCUGGCGAAAGAGGCGGUCAUCUUGGGCCGGGCGCUGCUCGGCAAGGAAGCCACCGCCCUCAGGGGCCUCUUCAGCAACAUCCGUAGGUCCAAGGCGGAGCUGGAGAGCAUGCAAGCGUACCUGCAGGAGGCAGAGCGGUUCAAGGACACCGACCAGACCACCGCCAUCUUCGUCGGCGAGAUAAGGGGCCUGGCCUUCCGGAUCGAGGACGUCGUUGACGAGUUCAUCUAUAAGCUGGAGGACUGCAAGCAUGGAGGGUUCGCUGGCAAGAUGAGGAAGCGGCUGAAGCAUAUCAAGGCAUGGCGGUGUCUGGCAGCCAAGCUCCAAGAAAUUGAAGCCCAGCUGCAGGAGGCCAACCGAAGGAAGAGAGAUUAUGCCGUCACUGGCAGAUCUGCUACUGCUGCCAGAUCGACGAAUCAAGUUCAAGCUUUGCACUUCACCAGGGAUGAGGACCUUGUGGGGAUCGAAGAGCACAAGGAGAGGUUGAUACGGUGGCUGACAGGCAGUGGUGAUGGUCCGGAGCAGAGCAGCAGCAAAGUCACCAUGGUUUGGGGGAUGCCUGGUGUUGGUAAAACCACUCUGGUUGAUCAUGUGUACAACACCAUGAAAGAGGACUUUGACGUGGCGGCAUGGGUAACUGUGUCAGAAAGUUACCGUAUUGAGGAUCUGCUGAAGAAGAUUGCCUCCCAGUUCAGCAUCACAGUCGACAUUGCCAACAUUGAGGUGAGAGGCCUAGCAAAGUCCAUCCACAACUACCUUCAAGGUAAAAGGUACAUCUUGGUCCUAGAUGAUGUUUGGGAUGAGCGCUUGUGGUCGGAGAUAAGGGAUAUCUUCCCAACAUCUAACUGUAUCGGCCGAGUUGUUAUGACAUCAAGAAAGCAGACAGUGCUGGCAACUAGGGAGUCUGCAUAUGCAAUUCACCUGGAACCGCUACAAGAGCAUCACUCAUGGCUGCUAUUUUGCAAAGGAGCCUUUGGGGAUGCUAAAGACAAAGAGUGCCCAUUAGAGCUGCAAGAAUUAGCUCGAAAGUUCAUAGCAAAGUGUCAAGGCUUGCCUAUUGCUAUUGCAUGCAUUAGCCGCCUACUCUCUUGCAAACCCCCAAUUUCUUCUGAAUGGGAGGAUGUGUACAGGGGUCUAGAUUUGCAGUUGGCGAAUGAUGUGAUCCCAGGUGCUCAUUUGAUCCUAAAGGUCAGCUUGAAGGACCUUCAGUAUGAUUUGAAGAAUUGUUUCCUACACUGUGCAUUAUCUCCAGAAGAUUGUGUGUUAAAGAGGAGGAAGAUCAUGAGGCAGUGGAUCACGGCGGGGUUUAUCACGGAAAAAGAUGAGAGCAAAACAUUGGAGGAAGUGGCAGAGGGAUACUUGGCUGAGCUUGUGAACAGAAGCCUACUACAGGUAGUGGAGAGGAAUCAUUUCGGACGACUGAAACACUGCCGGAUGCAUGAUGUCAUACGCCUUCUGGCCCUUAACAAAGCCAAGGAAGAAUGCUUUGGUAAAGUUUAUAACGGCUCUGGUGGUACUGGGGCAUUCUCUGUAGAGGGUGCACGUCGCAUAUCGGUCCUAGGGGGAAACAUUAAACAACUCAGCCGCAGCCGAUCUGGUGCAACACAGCUUUGUGCACUCCAUGUUUUUUAG